UCUUUUUUGUCCCCAAUUACCAUCUUCUUCGCCGCCUCUCUCUCCUCGCCCCCCAUUCCCAACCUCCUCCUCUCGAGCUUUCUCUCCUUCCUUUCGUUCUCUUCGUUCCAAUUAGCACGUACCAUCUCAUCUCCCGUUCCAUAAUCCAUUUUAACAAUCUCUUAUACAGGUCUUUUUAAUCGCAUCCGCCGCCACCCGCCACCGUUGUUUAUUCAGGCGACGAGGAGGCGAAGAACCAUGGCGCCCCAUCUCUUCGCCUGCUUCGGCACGUCCUCGAGGAGAGCCGUGCACGAGAAGCAAGUGGCCACGGCCGACAUGUCGGCCGAGGAGCAGAGGAGGGGAGGCGCCGUGCUGGUGGAGCUGUUCUCGUCGCAGGGCUGCGCCACCUCGCCGGAGGCGGAGGUGCUGAUAUCGAGGCUGGGGCGGGGGGACUUCGAGCUGGAGGCGCCGGUGAUCGUGCUGGCGCACCACGUGGACUACUGGGACUACGUGGGGUGGAAGGACCCGUUCGGGUCCAGCCGGAGCACCGUCCGGCAGAAGGCGUACGUGGAGGCGCUGCGGCUGGACACCAUGUUCACGCCGCAGGCGGUGGUCCAGGGGCGGGCCCAGUGCGUCGGCACGGAUCAGGAGGGUCUCCUCUCCGCCAUCGCCUCCGCGCCUCGAUUCCCCGCUCUGACGUUCAAGGCAACGUUCCAGAGGCCAUCCCCGGACACCUUGCAAGUCACCCUCGCCGGAGCACUCAGGAGCAAAGUCGACAGCCAAGGCGUCAAUAUCAUGGUGGCGCUCUACGAGAGCGGGCUGGUCACCGACAUCCCCAAGGGCGAGAACAAGGACCGAGUGUUGUCCAAUGACUUCGUCGUCCGGCGGCUGGAGAAGCUCUGUGCCGUCAAGGACGUUUCGGCCAAGAAGACGGUCUCGGGGACCGUGAGCUUCCCAUUGUGGGAGGGCUUCAACAGCAGCAAGUGCGGCAUGGCCGUCUUUGUCCAGAAUAGCGGUCAUCAGAUUUUUGGGUCGCAGAACUUUUCCUUGCCGCACAAUGUAUGAGAGAGCGAGAGAGAGAGAGAGAGAUUGGAUCGGUCGUUCGUCAUUCGUUUGGUU